AUGGAGACCAGAUAUUUUGGUGGACUGAGCUUGAUUCUUCUUUGCAUCGGCUCACUGUGCUUUGGAGUUACAGGCGUCACAAACAGCAAAGAUGUUUCUGCACUGGAUUACAUGAGGUUGUUGUGGGGAAGUACAGUGCCACAAACCUGGAUUGGUGGCACAGACCCUUGUGACUCUCAGUGGGAUGGGGUGAACUGCACUGAUGGCCGCAUAACCUCACUAAAAUUAUCAAGCAUGGGGCUGGAGGGAACUCUCCCAAAUGAUAUCGGUUCUCUCACUGCACUUGACACUCUGGAUUUAUCCUACAACACAGGCUUGACCGGAAGGCUUCCAAGCACUAUAGGAAACCUGGCCUCCUUGAGAAUUCUGAUGGCGAUUGGGUGCAGUUUCAAUGGACAAUUACCACCUGAAUUGGGAAAUCUGACUAGUCUUAGUUUUUUGGCUCUGAAUUCCAAUAAGUUUACAGGCCCAAUUCCCCCCACUCUGGGUAAUUUGGUCAAUCUGGCAUGGCUUGAUAUUGCAGACAAUCAACUUACUGGGAGUAUUCCAGUCUCCAAUGACAGUCAAUCUGGAUUAGACCUACUUAUUAAUGCAAAUCAUUUCCACUUCAACUUAAACAGACUUUCAGGCAACAUUCCGAGUAAACUCUUCAACGAGAACAUGACUCUGUUACACUUGCUAUUUGACAGCAAUAACUUUCAACGAGGGAUCCCCCGUACUUUGGGACUAGUAACCAGUUUGAGGAUUGUGAGGCUUGACAGAAAUCAGUUAUCAGCUUUAAUUCCCUCCAACGUCAGCAGCCUAGUAAACCUCGAAGAACUGAAUCUAUCAAAUAAUCAACUAAAAGGUAGCAUACCAGAUUUAUCAGCACUAAAUAGGCUCCGAUACAUGGAUUUGAGCAACAAUUCCUUUGAUAAAUCCAUAGUCCCUGAUUGGAUGACAAGCUUACAACAAUUAAACACAUUAGUCAUGAAUAAUUGCAACAUAUCUGAAAAUUUUGCUUCAACAACAAUUUUUAAUAUCGAAGCACUUGAGACAGUACGAAUGAAAAACAAUCAUUUGAAUGGAACAGUGGAUAUUAGCCUCAAUCCUUCAAGUUCGCUAAAAUGGGUAGACCUUACAAAUAAUGACAUAACUGGAGUUCAAGGAGUUAAUUCAGAUGACAAAUUUUCCAUAUGCACCAAGAAAAAGAAGCUUUGUCUUGCUGAUUGUCUCUGUUUAACUUACAGGAUUGCAGGAAACCCAGCUUGUAACCCUGGAACUAGUCUUUCAAGCUCUAGGGAAUGUCAAACCACUGUGCCAGAGGAAAGCUAUGAAACAAAUAUGGCACAAUGUGGGGACGAAAAAUGCCGUGGAAACCUGAAGCUCAAUCCUAGGACGUGCAAGUGCCAACAACCUUAUACGGGUCUAUUGAAAUUUAGGGCUCCCUCAUUUUCAGAUCUGACAGAUGCACAGAGAUUCAAAAGCUUGGAGGAUACUCUUAAGACGAAGCUGGCUGUAGAUGCAGUGCAUCUUUGUUGCCUCCAUUUUGACAACAACGACUAUCUGAAUAUGUCAGUGCAAUUUUUCCCGCAGGAUGCUACGUACUUUACUCGGACAGAGGUCUCUGAUAUUGGUUUCACUCUAAGCAAUCAACUUUAUAAACCUCCAGAGGGAUUCGGACCGUAUUUCUUUAUAGCAGAUACAUACAUUAUCGGGUCUGAAGAACGUAGUAGCAGAGGUCUAAGUGCAGGGUUAAUUGCCGGAAUAGUUAUUGCAGCAGUUGUUUUGACUCUUGUGGUUAUAAUGGUAGGACUCUAUGCACUAAGGCAAAAGAAAAGAGCAGACAAGGCCAUUGAAAUCCACAAACCCUUCGCCUCAUGGGGAGCUGGUAGCAAGGAUAGUGGAAACGGUCCUAAAUUGAAAGGUGCUAGAUGGUUUUCUUUUGCUGAAGUAAAGAAGGCUACAAAUAAUUUCUCUGAUAGUAAUGGAAUUGGCUCAGGAGGAUAUGGAAGGGUAUAUAAGGGAAUAUUGCCCGAAGGUGAGAUGGUGGCUAUCAAAAGGGCUCAGCAGGGGUCAUUACAGGGUGGAGCCGAGUUCAAAAAUGAGAUUGAGCUCCUGUCCCGAGUUCACCAUAAAAACUUGGUAGGGCUGAUUGGUUUUUGCACCGAGCAAAAAGAACAGAUGCUGAUAUACGAGUAUAUCCCCAAUGGAACUCUCAGAGAAAAUCUCAUUGGUGAAUUUACUCUGGACUGGGCAAGAAGGCUACAAAUAGCCCUGGGUUCUGCCAGGGGAUUGAACUAUCUGCAUGAGCUUGCCAAUCCACCCAUUAUUCACAGAGAUGUCAAGUCCAGUAACAUAUUGCUGGAUGAGAAUCUGAAUGCCAAGGUUGCAGAUUUUGGCCUGUCCAAGUUGGUUUGCGAUGGAGGUGUAGAUUCUGGAGGCAAAGGCCACGUCUCCACUGAAGUCAAAGGAACCCUGGGAUACUUGGAUCCAGAAUACUAUAUGACCCAGCAACUCAGUGAGAAAAGCGAUGUGUACAGUUUUGGUAUUGUUUUGCUGGAGCUGAUUACAGCACGCCUCCCCAUUGAAGGAGGGAAAUACAUAGUUCGACUGGUGAACAAUGCCUUGGAAAGUGGGGGUGUAGAAUUGUUGCAAGAGGACUUAAUGGACCCUGUAUUAAGACAAGACAACCUGAAAGGAUUUGGGGAGUUCUUAGAUUUGGCCUUGAGAUGUGUUGAGGAAAUGGCAGCUGAAAGACCCACCAUGAGGGAAGUGGUGAAGCAACUGGAAUUCAUUGUAGAUAUGGAAGGCUCCUUUCAAUCCACUAAAAUCAGUCCAGAAAGUCGCCCUAUUGAUUCCAAAGGAACUCCCAAGUUGUAUAGUGAAGAUGAGGAAGGCAACUCCAUCGUUCUGCCUGCGCAAGUGGAAAAGGGUCAUAAAUUCUUGUUUGAAUAUAGUGGGGCUUAUCUGGUGAACAGCACUGUAGAGCCCAAGUAGCUUGUAGUAGUUAGAAUUGUUGUGGAGUAUGAUUUAUUUCAUUAUUGAUUGUUGAAAGUUUGUAUUGACUUUUCAUACUCUGAAGCUGCAGAAUUUAAAAAGGAUGUUGAAGUUUUUAUACUUUUCAGAAACAAGUGUGACGUAUUUUUUACAUCAAGAUGGCACUCCAUCAUCCUUUUUCAGGAUGUUUUAGGCAAACGAUUGUGAAUACUGAGAAAUGUGUGAGCUUAGAAAUGGGUGUAAGCAUUUGGUUCACCUUCCUGCUAAAUCUUCGGUAUAAUACAGGAUUGGAAUAAUUUUUUCAGAUAUUGGGUAUUUUUAGUUUUAAUAAUGUCUACACUUACUACUGUGUAAAUUAUAAAAUAAUGAUCUACCUGGAAAUGCGAAACAAGAAGCUCAUAAAGAUUACCCCAAUGUCAUUGUUGAUCUCUUUCGUAUUUCA